UCUAAUAAUUAUUUUCAUUGUCAAUGUUUCUAUGAAAUAUAAGCAAAAUGCCAGCACAAUUUCCCAGAGCCCAAGGAGACAGCCUUCUAAUUGCUUGUUUUAUUAGUCCAAAUCUGAAAGAUUUUCAAUUUACAGAGAUAUUUAACAAAGAAAAGCACAAAAUUGAAGCUGGAGCAUUUUUGGAAUUUCUGCUUGAUGAAAAACUAUUGAUGCUAUCUAAUAUUUUUCUGCAACUAAUUAAUUUACUCUUUAGGCACUAACUCAAACUGUUGACAAAAAAUCUGGAAUACAUAAACCCAAACUGCUGUUUCUCUUCUGAAAAAUGCAAUACACUGGUAACAGGUUAUAUGUAUUAUUUCUGGUUGGGCUAUCUAGUUUAAACUUUUUAAAUGAAACCUCCCAACGAAAGAUGUCUCAGUACUACCCACACACAAGUUGUGAAGCGUGGUGCUCAGCACAAAAUCUACAGCAAUGGUUUUCCAAAGACAUAAACAAAAUCAAGAGAAUGAAAGUGGAGAUUGCAGCUUGAACACUUGAGUAUUAAAUUUAAUGUCAGAUGAUGUUUAUAAACAUAAGUGAUGUAAAUCUGCUUGGUCAGCAGAAGAAAGAAUGCUGAUUGCACUUUUCUGCUUGUUCUAACUCCUCUGCUUCCUCUUAUGCUCCCCCGUUUCCUUUGCCAGCUUGUUCUCCUAUUUCCUUCCUCCAUUCGCUGCUCAUCCACCUCCUUUUCCUCUUUCUCCACGUACCCCUGUUAGAGAACCAAGCUUACUCUUUGCACAGGGCCUGGUACUUCUUGAAAUUCCUCACUAACUGUCAGCUAACUUGAUUGUGGGUGGUAAUUUCCCACCCCGGUUGAAUUCUCCUCAGUGCCCCAUCACUGGGCCGCUGUACUCUGUCCAGUUGGACAAGCCUCUAAACAGUGCGGUCCCUUCAGCUUCACAGGCCUGUCCUCUGUUCGCUGUCUGUGUCUAUCUGUUCAGCCUACAUGGCUUACAUAACAUCGCAGGGACACAAAAGACCACGGAGGCCCAGUCAUGCAUUGCCAGGGGAAGUGAGAGUGCAAAAAAAAAAAAGACCCUUAACCCUGAGCUGUCAACACUAUUGAGACACUGUUGCUUUCAUUAGCUCUGUUUUCCUUUGGACAGUUUGAAAUCUUUUUUUCUCGAUCCUCUUUUUGGUCUCUCCUCCUCUUCUGUGUUCAAGCUCCUACAAAUGCCUUACUGGCUUUCUAUUGUCAGAUGUUCACUUUACAUUUUACGUCUUAUGCCCGUGUUGCACAGUCAGCCAGUCUCAUCUUUGUUUUUCUUUUGAUUGUCUUUGUUGCCUGUCUGUCUCCUUCUCUUCUACUUGUUUACCAUCUUUCUUCCACCUGCUGUCAUUUCUUUCUAUCAUUUACUCAAUUAUUCCUCAUACCUAUCUUUGCUGUUUUUACGUUGUUACUUAAGCUUGAAAUCUCUCUGCUGUGGCCCUAAAGUAAAGUUAUCUAAAAUCUGAAACCUGAAACCAAAAAAAGAAAUGCAUCUGAUAAUAUACAAAUAGCCACAGAAUAGCCACAGAACGGCUAUGUCGUGACUCAUGUCUUCUGUGCGUUAAAUCACUUUCUUGUGUAGGUGUGGCAUUUGUGAGUUUUCACAAGCGACUUAAUCCACUAAUUGUCAUCCGUGCCCAUUAUGAUGUAAUUGGGGAUGAGCUUUGGCUAGGGUUAUUUGUUGAUCUGUCACAAACUAUUUCAAAAGUCACAGCUAAUGUGAUUUAAUUGGAAUGAAUGUGUCUCAAUCACUACCACAGUCUAGCUUUUGCUAAAUUAUACUAGAUGCGGAUUGUCCAUCGGGAAGGAGCUUUUUUGUAAUUGUCAGACCACUUCCACACAUUUAAAAACUUAUGGUAAAACCUAUAUCAAAACAAAUAAAUAUCAGCAGUUGUCAUGUUGUUUUAGAUCCCUGCAGGCAAAGAUAAUUAUAGCUUCUGCCACCUGCAGGUGAUGAGCAUUGUGACUGAAAUUUUGUCUUUUGUUUUGAUAGAUGUUUUCUUGGUAUGUGUUUUUACAUACAAAAAAACAAAAAAAGUAAUACAACUUUUUUGUUUUGGUGACACCCACUACCCUAAAUGUAAUUGUUUUAUUUUUUGGACAAAUUAAAGCUGGUUAGGUCUGUAAAGUAAGUGUUGCUGGAGUUUUGACCUCUUUAGAUUUGUUUCCCUUCUCCAUGCAUCUUGGAAGUUGGUGAAGUUGUGCCAGAAACCCCUACUCUGCUUCUAUAGGUCUGUAAAGUACCCAGGUGGACAGUCAUGGAGGGCAGAGGACACGAUGACUCUCUGAACAGGUUUAAAAUGUUGAAAACAUCCUGCUAAACGACCAGGGAAAUUAUGUGCUAUGUGACUUCGGCAGUGCCACUCACAAGAUUUUGCUGCCACAUAAAGAUGGAGUGACCGCUGUGGAGGACGAGAUUAAGAAGUACACAACCCUUUCAUAUCGGGCGCCAGAGAUGAUUAACUUGUACGCAGGGAAAGCCAUCACCACUAAGGCUGAUAUAUGGGCACUUGGAUGCUUGUUGUACAAGCUGUGUUUCUUCGCACUUCCAUUUGGGGAGAGUCAAGUUGCCAUAUGUGAUGGAACCUUUAUCGUUCCGGAUAACUCCAAAUUCUCCUUCAAGUUGCACUGUUUAAUCAGAUAUAUGCUCGAACCAGACCUGGAGAAGAGACCAGAUAUUUACCAAGUGUCCUCCUUUGCCUUCAAAUUAGCUGGAAAAGACUGUCCAGUGCCAAAUCUCUUUAACUCCCCCAUCCCUACGUCGCUCCCAGAGCCUCUAACGGCUAGUGAGGUCGCUGCAAGGAAAAGUAUGACAAAAGCCAGGAUAACGGAGUCUGUGGGGCCGACGGAAACAUCAAUAGCUCCCAGACAGAGGCCAAAAGCAGCAAACAGUAACGUCUUGCCCCUCGCUAAUACUGUCACCCCUGUCAAGAUGACCGUGCCUUCAGCACCUGUCAGCAACGGCCAGAAAGCUCCCACCCCUGGCUCAGGGCAAACAUCCAUGCAGCCCCAGCCCAGCAGUCAGCAGCACCGAGUCCUGCAGCAGCUACAGCCUGGUGACCUGCGUUUACAGCAGCUACAACAACAUCCCCACCACCACCACCACCACCACCAACAGCAAGCUGUGCAGCAGCAUGCACAGCAACUCCAAUACCUCCAAUACCAACAGGCUGUACAGCAAUCCCUCCAGCAGCAGCAGCAGGCCCAGCUCCAGCAGCAGCAGCAGCAGGCCCAGCUCCAGCAGCAGCAGCAGCAGGCCCAGCUCCAGCAGCAGCAGCAGCAGGCCCAGCUCCAGCAACAGCAGCAGCAGGCCCUGCUCCAGCAGCAGCAGCAAGCCCUGCUCCAGCAGCAGCAGAUGAUGAUGCAGCCGAUGUACCAGCAGCAGGUUGCUCAGGCCCAGGCCCAGGCUCAGUAUGCAGCCAUGCUGCACCAGUACCAACAGGCUUUUGUCCAGCAGCAGCAGCAGCAGCAGCAGCAUCAUCAUCAACAUCAGCCUCAGCAGCAUCACCCCGCUCAGCAGCCUCUCCCCUAUAUGUCCUCCCCUCUUGAGUUCCAGAUUCCGUUGGGUUCCUAUAAUGCGACCACGCCCACAGCAGGACCUGGCCAGAUGGGGGGACCAUCUCCUGUGGAUCCCUCAUACACUAACCCCAGUAGAAACCCACUGCUUGCUUCAGAUGGGAUCACGACACCCUCUCAUAGCUGCAACAGUGCAGUCAGUAACCCCCCCGACAUGUCGGGCUGGAACCCUUUCGGAGAGGACAACUUCUCCAAGUUGACCGAGGAGGAGCUGAUUGACCGGGAGUUUGACAUGCUCAGAGCAAAAAAGCCGGUGGAGAGAACAGCCAGUGUGGAGACAGACCGACUGCAGCCUGCUGCAUCCGCUGCCAAGCCCCCCCUACCAGAGGACCUGUUUGGCUCAGUCCCGUUUGUGGCCAACGCAGGUACCAAUGUGAUAAAGACUGAGCAGAACAAUAAGGAUGUCGCCGUUCCUGCCCCUGUGUCAACCAUUGCAGAGGAUCUGCAGCAGCAGCUGGUGGCGGCCAAGGAGCACAAACCAGGCAAGAAGAGCACCUGUAGACCAGGUGAAGAGUCCGACAGUGACUUUGAGUCUGACCCUCCUUCGUCAAAAAGCAGCGAGGACGAAGAGCUGGAGGAGGAAGAAGGCCUGAAUAGUGAGCACGGAGAAGACACUGAGCCAGAGAAUUUAGGACAGAGGCCUUUGCUGAUGGAAUCAGAAGAAGAGGGAGAGGAGGAUGAAGACCAGCAUAGCUCUGACUCCGAUUACGAUCCCAGCAGAGUCAAGAGCCGCUCAAAGAAAGCUCUGACUGCUAAAGCCGCUUCAGCAGCCACCAGAGGUCCUCGGGAGGAUUCUGGCAUGACUCUGAUCACCCCGCCUGAGUCGCCCAGUGGAGCGAGAGCUGCUCCAGCUGAGGAUCCUGUGGAUGUUUUUGGUGCUGUUCCCUUCCUCGGAGGAGCCUCGCCUGUCGGGCCUUCAGAAAGCUCAGACAUCUUUGCCAAAGCGCCUUUCAGGCAAGUCAGCCAUGAGCAGCAAGCUGCGGACGAGUUUGAUGUUUUUACCAAAGCGCCAUUCAACCGGAACCUCUCUAAGUCGGGCAAGAGUGGUAGUGAUGUUCCCGUGGGCCAAACGCCACCCAUUUCCCCUGAGGGCAUUGACAUUUUCGGCUUCUCUCCCUUCCAGCCUGGCCCCACCGAACCGCCUCCCACCACCUCUAGAAGUGCAGAAGAUAUCUUCCGGCCAUCUUACGAGGAAUCAGCCAGCCCUCAGCAGCAGAGGCUGAAGCAGCGCAGCCUCCAGAAGCUGUCGUCACGCCAGAGAAAAACCAAGCAGGAGGCCACAGCAGGCGGCAGCAAUGGCAAACGCCACCACGGUACACCAACUGGGGGCCGCAAGACCAACAAGCCAACAUACCGCACACCUGAGCGAGUCCGCAGACACAAGAAGGUUGGUCGCAGAGACUCGCAGAGCAGCAACGAGUUCCUUAGCACCUCUGACUCUAAAGAGAACAUCAGUGUUGAUAUAACCAUGGCUGAAGGUAAAGACAAAGGAGCUUCUCUGCCGGUAGACGAGGCCCUUUUAGACCCGUUUGGAGCCAAACCUUUCCAUCCUCAGGACUGCAGCCCGCACGGCCAGUACCAAGGAAUCACCGACAGCAAGAGCGACAUGGGCACAGCCAAUGGCAAGUCCUGGAUGGGUUCUCUUCCUGGUGAUCUUGGAGAAAGCAGAAACAUGGAUGAUUUCGGUGCGGUGCCCUUUACAGAAAUGGUCAUCCACAGUGGACCACAGCAGCCUCCGCCGCCCUCGCAGCCGCUGGAGCUCGACCCGUUCGGAUGUGCACCUUUUCCCUCGAAGCAGUGACUUAUCUCGCAUCUUCCCGCUGUGUCAGUUGCUGUUAAAUAACCCCUGAGCUUUUUUUAUUUGGGGGGGUGUCUUGGGAACAUAUUCAACCAAUCAAGAAAUGACAAGACAACAAUGUCCUAACAUUUUAAUACAUCUUUCAGUUUCAGUAACUAAAACCCAAAAUCCUGUGGAGUGAGUAAUGUUUCUACAUAUCUUUCAGCUGUACCUGUUUGCUCAGAAGCCUUUUAUGCUGCAUCUUAACGCUUGGAAAGACGUUUGAAACGGAAAACCCACUCGAAAAUCGUACUGUGAUAAGCUUUACGUAUGACCGCUUGACUCACUGCAAAAAGCUCUUUAUGGCCUGCCUUGUGAUCUACAAAUGUUGUUUUUAGCACCACAAAGCCUUACCCGAGCUGGGCUCUGCCUUGCUGCACAGUACCUCGGAAACUACGACACAGUCGGCCCGUGUUGGCCUUUAAUGUCAGCGGAAUUGUUUGGCAGUUGACCUUAACCACUUUGUUUUAACCUUAUUAGGCCUUUUUCUAUGCAUAAUUUCACAGUAGUCUAACGCAGGCAAAUAUGGCGAUGAUAUGUGUAGCGUUAAACUUUGAAAACUACAAGGGAUUGAAUUUUGUUUUUCCUUAAAAAGUUAGAUCUACUAAUUGGGUCAGGUUUAAAUUUAGGUUCUUAAAUGUUUUCUUUUUCAUUCUAGCUGUAAACUAUGUACUGUUAACUUUAUUUUUCAUUAAGUUACAACUCAACAACACAUUCUGUUAGAAAUAAGGAAGAAAUGAAAGCCACAUUAGCCCACUAGUCUAGGAUUGUGUUUUAAGAACUACAAAAAGUCACAAGCUGUGCUGUUUUCUCAGCAAUGUAAGUGCUCCUAACAUUUGAUGUCGUGGCAUUUUCAGAAUAAUUUAUGCUUUAGAAUAAAUGAGAAAUGCACCUUUUUCACAGGAUACGGCUGGUAGUAUUCUAUACGUUUUGUUAUGUCAACAAAUCCCAGGAAAAGACCAAAAUCAACAAGGUGUGACUUCCUCACCCUGUCAGUGGCUCUCAGCACCAAGUCCGUUGGAUACUCGUGAAGAGGUAAAUCUUUAAUGGGAUCAUUUUAUGUCAUGUGAAAUAUGCUUAUUCACUUUCUUGUUGAGAUAUUUUAGAAAAUUGAUACCGCUCAAGACUGGUAACAGACAAUUUUGUGCCCAGAGCAGUGACGUCUUCGAGUCCCUCUGGUUUCCUGACAAGACUCAAGGAAUAACUGUCUGGCCAAUAGUAGAGUGCACAACCCCCCCAUAAAAUCACAACAAUAAAGGAGAUAUAACAUGCUAAUCAGGUGCUGGUAGUAAUAGCAGAUCAGGAUAUUGGAUACACACACAAUACUUAAUAGAAUCAGUUUGUUUCAUGUUAUUUGUUGACAGUAUCAACAGUAUAGAAUAUCACCAGUUGUUCUUCAACACAGGUCCACUGACAGAAAUCUGUGAUAUACAAUCAGGCCAUUUACCUUCAUGAAUGCACUUUUCAGUGCUGAAUACUUCCAUGAACUAGAUCUGUGUGCUCCACAUCGACGGCCUUAAGCACUGCAUUAGCACAACCAUUGGCACAUUUAUUCGAAUUAAACCUGCAGGUUGCCGUGUUUUCACCAGUGGAGCCACUUGAUAUAACUACUUGCCAUCUUUUUUUUCACAAGGGGAAAUCUUGUAUUGUAUUUAUCAUGCUAUACUGCUGUUUGAUGCAAUAAAGUCCUCUCACUGCA